AUGGCGGCUGCAGAACCCCAGCCCGCCCCAGCCUCCGCUGGCGCCCACCAGGAACCCAAAUUCUCCCGCUACCGCUCUGUUCGUCGCCAGCAACAUCAACACCAGCAUGACCCGCCCGUCAUGCCUCCACUACCGCCAGAGCCCACCCCGCCCACGCCCACGUCCGCCACAGUGAGCCGUAGCAUGUCACGCUACCGCCGCCAGCGCCCAGCCACAACUACCGCGCCCGUCGCCCACGACCACACUGCACCUCCGCUGCCCACCACCAUCAAGCGCGCGCCCACCCAGCCUGUCGCCCCCGCCGCCCAGCUCGAGCAGCGUCGCCAGCGCGCCGCGAGCAAUCCCCCAGUUCGCCAGCCAACCCGCCCUUCGAGCGCCCGCGUGCAGGAUGCCCCAGACUCUCCCACUUUGGCGCGCGAGGAGGCCCGCAGGCUCCUGGAGGGCGAGAGCCAGCGCCAGGCCCGCAUGAACGCCCAGCUCAAGGCCGAGAAGAGGGCCAAGAUCGAGGAGGCCGAGCGACAGCGCGCCCAGCAGGAGGCCGAGGAGGCCGAGCGCCGUAACGCCGAGCGCGUUCGCCAAUACCAGGAGAAGAGAGCCGAGGACCUCAGGGCACGACAAGAGGCCGCCCGCGCGCAGGCUGCGCGUGCGCGCCAGGAAGAGGAGAGACAGCGCUCUGUUGAGCGGGAUAGGCCACGCACCGCGAAGACAGCCGGCGCCAGCUCCGACUCGGACGCUCCUCCUCUUCCGCACUCACCUGGAAGCCCGUCUUCAUCCCGCAAAAAGGAGCGGCUGGCUGGCUUGUUGCGCAGGCGCAAGGAUGACCAGCAGCAUGAUGCUCCCUUUAUUCCUGCCCAAAAGCCGCGCCAGGUCAGUAACAAUGACAACAACAACUCGGAUGCCUACAUCAAGGCUGGCGGUGGUGGGGUUGUUCCCGGCAUCGAUGCUCCCCUCUCUGCCGUCAAUGCAGGCGACCGACGAGUGAUGGUCGAGUGCAACAAGCAGAAAAUCUUGCUCCCCAUCACGCCUACCACCACUCCGCAGGAGCUCAUUCGCACCGCCGCGAAUGUUUUGUCCGAGGGCAUCGACGCCAAGGCGUCGGUGCUCCUGGAAUUCUUCGCCAAGGUCAGCGUGCAGCGCCCGUUGCGCAACUACGAGCAUGUCCGAGACGUCAUGAACUCCUGGGACGAUGAUAUGCAGAACACGCUGAUUCUGGUCGACUCUCCAACUGGGGGCAACGAUGCUGAACUCAAGGCCAGCUCUGUCCCGUCGGAAAAGCCCGAAGGCUAUUCUUGUUGGCUGCAGUAUUCUCAGAAGCCCGGACGAUGGUCGAAGAGAUACAUCACGUUGAGGAACGACGGUCAAAUGCUGUUGGCCAAGAACGAGAGCGGGAAGGAUGCGACUAACGUUUGCCAUUUGUCUGACUUUGACAUCUACAGCCCAAGUGCCGAUGCAAAGUCUCGCAAAGUGAAGCCGCCGAAGAAGUACUGCUUUGCUAUCAAGAGUCAGCAAAAGUCUACCAUGUUCAUGACGACGUCGACAUACGUGCACUUCUUCUGCUCAAACGACAAGACGGUGGCUGCUGACUUCUACAGCCAUGUGCAAGGGUGGAGGAGCUGGUACUUGGUCAAUGUCAUGGGUGAAGGUCAAAAGAAGGCGAAGGCGGCUGAGCAGGCCCAGGAUAGUGGCUCGGGAUCUCGCCAAAUCUCUGGUAACCAAGCUUCGCUACCAGCCAUGGCCGUUCACAGGCCGAGCACGUCGAUAGACUCGCACUAUCAGCUGGGCUCGUUCAAACCACUCCUUGACAUGAGUCAAUUCGACUCGUCCGGCCUAGCGCCCGCACCAAACUCGGCAAGAUCCCCGGUUGAUGAUGAUUCCGGGCUAGCCAAUGGCGGGCGGCUCCCGUCGAUGCGCACCCGCGAUCAGCCGCAACUCACGUCACCAACGCAUCUUACCUCCCCCACCACGUUUUCCAACGUGACAUCGCCCAGUACCCUGGUUCAGCAGAUUCCAUCCGAGGAUGAAGACGGCACCUUCGCCGCCGGCGGUCUCCUCGGCCGUGCUUAUUCGCAACGCCAGAAGUUGCUAGCGGAGCGUGAAAAGAAUCUGAAAAACUCCGGCCCGUUCACCGAGGGCCCGUCCCUCCUCAGCUCUGCUGAUGCCCUCCACACACGGGGUAACCGUGCUUCCUUGGACGGCGGCCGCCCGCAGCGGAUGAGUUCCGUCCGCUCCACCCGAGGCCGAGAAUCUGGUGAAAUCAAACGGACAGCCAGCACUCGCCGUGCCAUGCCCAAGCCGCUUGUGGAUCUGACCCCACAGUACAAGGAGCCCCCGCAGUUUUCAAAGAGAGGGAAAGGGUACCGACUUGACCAAGUGGGUCCGGGUGGACUAGUUGACGCCGCCACGAGCCCUGACGUGCCCAUUCCCAUCCCGCCCAGCCAAGACUGGCGUGCGCGCCGUGAUCCAAGUGCAACUCGACCCGGAACUUCCGGCGUUGAUCGCACUAAGAGCUUGCGCGGCCAUGGACAGAGGAUCAACUACAUCGCCAAUAACCACUCCAACGUCCCAGAUAAUAGCGCUGAGGCCUUUACUGGACGCGGGUUGCUUGCAUCUGCGACUUUUGGGCCUACGGCUUCCGCAGCACCCUUCGGCCACGGCGUCAUGGACGGUAGCAAGGCAAAGGGACCCAUGAUCGACCUCAAUGAGGGUAACCGUUUCCAACCUGGAAGCUUGCUCGAACGCGUUGCAGCACAACAGCCUAACGUACCAGUUAUCGACCGGGAGAAGAGGCGGAGCAUUGACGUUCCCACUGGAGAGCGUCAUUGA